AUGGAGGAGGAGAAGCCAUUGUUGGAAAGGAUCAAGAAGACAGGCGGCGGAGCCGAAGAAGUCGAAAACGAAGAGGAUGACUUGGUGUUCCCGGGGUUCCGGUUCCACCCGACGGACCAGGAGCUCGUGGGCUUCUACCUCGCGAGGAAGGUGGAGAAGAAGGGGUUCAGUAUUGACAUCAUCAAGGAGAUCGACAUCUACAAGCAUGACCCCUGGGAUCUUCCAAAUGAAGCUCGGCAUGGGGUGGUGCAGGGUGCAUCAGGAGACAAAGACAGGUACUUCUUCUGCCUGCGUGGACGCAAGUACAGGAACAGUAUCCGGCCCAACCGCGUCACCAGCUCCGGCUUCUGGAAGGCCACCGGCAUCGACAAGCCCAUCCACGGCGGCGGCGGCGAGUGCCUCGGGCUCAAGAAGUCCCUCGUCUACUACCGCGGCAGCGCCGGCAGGGGCACCAAGACCGACUGGAUGAUGCACGAGUUCCGCCUCCCCUCGACGGCGGCGUCGGCGGCGGCGGCGGCGGCCGAGCUCCAAGAUGCAGUCAGUGCUAAUAAUUCACAGAUCAACCCUGAAAUAUGGACGAUAUGCCGGAUCUUCAAGAGGAACAUGUCGUCGUACAAUAGGAGGUGCCAGCAACAGCAGCUGAAACAAGAACACAGCAGCGAACGAAGCCAUCAGCAGCAGCAACAGCAGUUGCAAUAUUACUAUGACUACCACUAUCUCCAUCAGCACAGGAUUUCCGUGGCGAUGGCGAGCAGCUUCGACUUCGAUUCGUCAGAGACGAAGGAGGCUUAUGGCGCCACUGACCACAACCAGCCGUUCCUGUUGCAUGGUUUCCAUGGCGUGUCAUCGGCCAUAACAACAGCAGCAGCAACAUCAGGAUUGAUGAUGGGAGCUCCUUCGUUGCCAGCAUCGACGUCAGGGUGGAGCGAGCUGACGACCUUGAGAGAAAGUGGUAGCACCUGGGACGAGCUCGGAAGGAUCAUGGAGAUCUAA